AUGUCCUCUCAGAGCCAGGUCCCCCCCAAUAGCAAGGGCUCAUGGACAAGUUUCCUAAAGUCGAUUGCCUCCUUUAACGGUGAUCUAUCCUCGUUGACUGCUCCUCCCUUCAUCCUGUCUACUACCUCCCUCACCGAAUACUCCGCCUACUGGGCUGAACACCCCGCCGUCUUCGUGGCACCAGCCAAGGAGGCCGACCCUGCGAAGCGUGCUCUCCUGGUUCUCAAGUGGUUCCUUAGCACACUGCACCAGCAGUACUGCAGCCGUAGCGAGAAGCUCGGCAGUGAGAAGAAGCCUUUGAACCCCUUCCUGGGAGAGCUAUUUAUCGGUAAAUGGGCGGGUGACGCGGAAGUGGGGGAGACUGCCUUGGUCAGUGAACAAGUCAGCCACCACCCUCCGGUCACAGCCUACGCGAUCCGCAAUGAGAAGAACGGUGUUGAGCUGCAAGGAUACAACGCUCAGAAGGCCUCUUUCUCUAGCACUAUCCUCGUAAAGCAGAUUGGCCAUGCGUUGUACACUAUCACCCCUCCCGGAUCCGACGAGAAGGAGCAAUACCUGAUCACGCUACCCAGCCUACACAUCGAGUCGCUGAUCUACGGUUCACCCUUCGUCGAACUGGAGAAGUCAACCAAGAUCGUCAGCAGCACCGGCUAUGUCGCCAAGAUUGAUUAUUCCGGCAAGGGCUGGCUGAGCGGCAAGAAGAACACCUUCACCGCGAGCCUGUUCAAGGAGAGCGAGGGUGAGAAGAAGCCCCUUUACACUGUAGAGGGCCAAUGGUCGGACAAGUUCUCUAUCAAGGACGCCCGCACCAAGGAGGUCGUCGACUCGUGGAACUCCAAGGAGAACCCCGUCACUCCACUCGCCCUGGCUCCCCUCGAGCAACAGGAUCUGUACGAGAGCCGACGUGCCUGGAGCGACGUAGCCGCCAGCAUCCAGAAGGGGGACAUGGAUGCCGUUUCUGGAUACAAGUCGCGCAUUGAGACUGCUCAGCGCGAACAGCGCCGCAUUGAGAAGGAGGCAGGCCACGAGUGGGAGCGCCGCUUCUUCAACCGUAUUGAGGAGAGCGCCGACGACGCCCAGACCCUGCGUCUUGCCCAAUCGGCCGAUCUUUUGUUCGACUCCGAUAGGACUGGUGGUGUCUGGCGCUUCGAUGCUCAGAAGGCUGCUGGAGCUAAGCCGCCUUACCACAAGGUUGGCGGCGAAGGUCUCGGCCUCGCUUAG